GCAAAAGGAAACACAUUUUAUCUUCACAACCCUAGGGUUAAUAUAAUAUUCGAUAAAAACCUCAAACAAAAGAAAGGAGAUUAUCAGAAGCAACAAAACCCAAACCCCUCCGGCUUAGUAGACGCAAGGAUCUUCGCGGCUGCAAAAAUCAUCAUUUCAAGGUCAGAUUGAGCCUUCUGCAACGCUUGUUUUUCGAUCAACUCAUUUGAUCAAUGGCAGGAAGGUCAAAUAAAUCCAAAAACAAGGGAAGAGGAGGAAUGCAUUCCAAGAAUGCUACUCAGAACAAUCCAAUUCUGGAUGUAGGACCUGCUUCAAACGAGAUUUCCUCGGGGAAAGAACAAAUUGUUGAUCAUUCUGGACAAAAUUCAGAUGUAUCAAAGGAUCCUAAUUCUGUUGUAAAUGGACCUGAACAUGCAGAGAAGGGUUCUCCCCACAAGGAUCCACAUAUCUCAGAAAAUGGAAAUGAGACAGAUUCCAGUUCUACAGUUAAGCAUGGGAAUGGGGAUCUUCGUCUCUAUCCUGUUACUGUGAAGGGACCAUGUGGGGAAAAACUCGAGUUGCAGAUCAAUCCAGGAGAUUCUGUCAUGGAUCUGAGGCAGUUUCUUCUUGAUGCCCCAGAAACCUGCUUUUACACUUGCUAUGACCUGAUUAUGGUUAUGAAAGAUGGGUCCCAUCACCAGCUUGCAGAUUACUUUGAAAUUGGAGAUGUUGGUGAUAUUACUACAGGAGGCUGUUCUUUAGAAAUGGUUACAGCAUCGUAUGAUGACAGGUCUGUGAGGUCUCAUGUGCGCCGUGUAAGAGAUCUUAUUUCUAUAUCUACGCUUCAUUCAUCACUGUCAACUACAUUUGCCAUGGAGUAUGAAGCCACCCGGAGUACUUCUGGAGGGGAUAGGAAAUCGGAGGUGCCUGAACUGGAGGGAUUGGGUUUCAUGGAGGAUCCAAAUGGUCUGCUUGAGAAUCUUGUUGUAUCUCCAUCUUCGCAAGAGAUCAAAUGUGUAGAAAGCAUUGCUUUUUCUUCAUUCAAUCCUGCUCCAGGCUACAGAAGGCUUCUUGGGGAUUUAAUUUACCUAGAUGUGGUGACGUUAGAGGGCCAGAGUUUCUGUAUUACAGCACAUACACGUGGGUUUUAUAUCAAUGCUUCUACAGGAGAUAUAUUGGAUCCACGGCCUGCAAAAUCUGCUCAUGAGACAACAUCAAUAGUUAAUCUUCUACGCCAAAUCAGUAACAAGUUCAAAAAAGGUUUUCGUGAAGUUCUGGAUAGGAAGGCCUCUUGUCAUCCUUUUGAAAAUGUACCAAGCUUGUUGCCGUUGCAUUCAUGGCUUGGUGUUUCUCCUCCACCAGCUCAUAGGAGGGAUGUUUCAAGAGCAGAGGAUGCUUUAGCUUUGCCUUAUGGCACUGAGUCAAUUGGCAUGCAGAGGGACUGGAAUGAGGAACUACAGUCAUGUAGGGAAUUCCCACGCAAAACCAUUCAAGACAGGAUCCUACGUGAUAGAGCUCUGUAUAAGGUAAGCUGUGAUUUUGUUGAUGCAGCAAUCAAAGGUGCAAAAGGUGUCAUCAGUCGAUGCAUACCUCCAAUCAAUCCGACGGAUCCUGAACGAUUUCAUAUGUAUGUUCACAACAACAUAUUCUUUAGCUUCGCUGUUGAUGCUGACUUCACACAAAUGCAGCAAUCAUAUGAGCAGAAGACAAGUUUAGACAAUGCUAGGGCAUUAGGGAAUGAUGAAGGCAAUAGAUGUGAUGCUUUAGAAGAUCAAAAGGAUGUCAACAAUGUUGAAAGUCCUAAGGGUGACACCUUAUCGAAUCAAAAUGUUUCAGAUGUCAUAGUGGAUGAGGUGAAGGAACCUGAAAAGGAGGAAACAGGAGUGGAAGGUUUGGAUGCCAAAGAGGAAACUGAACCUGAUGUGGCCCUUUUAGAGACUGACACUUCACAAUUGAUUGAUAGUGAGCAGGCAACCUAUGCAUCGGCAAAUAAUGAUUUAAAGGGAACAAAGGCAUACAAUAAUGCAGAUAUUUCAGGGCUCUACACUUUAGCCAUGGCAAUUGUUGAUUACAGAGGUCACAGGGUUGUUGCACAGAGUAUUAUUCCUGGGAUCCUUCAAGGUGACAAAUCUGAUUCUCUUCUCUAUGGUUCUGUUGACAAUGGAAAAAAGAUAUGCUGGAAUGAUAAAUUUCAUGAAAAGGUUUUGGAGGCUGCAAAGGUGCUACAUAUAAAGGAGCAUGAGGUGCUUGAUGGCUCUGGAAAUCGAGUGAAAAUGGCAGCUCCUGUGGAAUGCAAGGGAAUUGUUGGCAGUGAUGAUAGGCAUUAUCUUCUAGAUUUGAUGAGAACAACCCCAAGGGAUGCAAACUACAUGGGCCCAGGAUCACGCUAUUGUGUUCUUAGGCCUGAGCUUGUUGCUUCAUUUUGCCAGGUGGAAAGCCAAGAAAGAGCAAAGAAAAACAAUCAAAAGGAUGCCACCAAUGGUUCUAGUUUACAAGAGGAUGGAACGGCAGUACUUCUUAAUCCCAAUAUUUUAACUGACUUUAAGCUGGCUGGUGAUUCUGAGGAAAUAGCUUCAGAUGAAUCAUUAGUAAAGAAGGCAGGGGCAUACCUUGUGGAUGUUGUUCUUCCUAAGUUUGUGCAGGACCUCAGUAGCCUCGAGGUUUCGCCAAUGGAUGGCCAGACUCUAACUGAGGCACUCCAUGCACAUGGGAUCAAUAUUCGCUAUAUUGGCAAGGUUGCUAAUAUGGCGAAACCGUUGCCUCACAUUGUUGAUCUGUGUAUUGUUGAAAUGGUUGUAAGGGCUGCAAAACAUGUUCUGAAGGGUGUUCUAAGGGAAACACAAGAUCAUGAUCUGGGAGGUGCAAUAGCACACUUUUUUAAUUGUUUUCUAGGGCAUGAUGCACCUACUAGCACAAAGGUUGGCAGUCUGGCUGGAGACAAACCUCGGAAAAAGGGGAAGGGUGGGCAUUCAAAAAAAGCAGCAAACCAGUUACCAUCGACAUCUGAUAAUACAUCUAAAUCAAUUGUAGAGGCUUGCAAAAAGCACAGUAAGAUUCUUUUGCAAAGUAAAAAUGCUGGGCAGAUUCAGUCAUCGUAUCUGUGUAUAACUUCUGAGUUAGUCUGGAUUGAUAUUAAGGAGUGUGUGAAGUUCAAGUAUCAGUUUGAAUUACCUGAGGACGUGAAAAUAAGAGUGAAGAAGAUGUCAACAUUUCGUAAUCUUUGUCAAAAGGUUGGUAUAACUAUUGGUGCCCGCAAACAUGAUCUUGAUUCGGAAACUCCUUUCAAAAUAUCAGACAUAUUGGACAUGCAUACAGUAGUGAAGCACUCUGCCACAGUUUGUUCUGAUGCCCGAGAUCUGAUAGAGACCGGCAAACUUCAGCUUGCCGAGGGAAAGCUUAAUGAGGCAUAUGAACUUUUCUCUGAGGCUUUUGCAAUUCUUCAACAGGUGUCUGGUCCGAUGCAUCGAGAGGUGGCCAACUGUUGCCGGUAUCUUGCAAUGGUUCUAUAUCACGCUGGAGACAUGGCUGGAGCUAUAAUGCAGCAGCAUAAAGAGCUUAUCAUAAAUGAGCGAUGCCUUGGUUUGGAUCAUCCUGACACAGCACACAGCUAUGGUAACAUGGCUCUUUUCUAUCAUGGGUUGAACCAAACUGAAUUAGCAUUGAGGCAUAUGGCUCGGACGUUGCUCUUGCUCAAUGUUUCAUGUGGUCCGGACCAUCCAGAUGUUGCUGCAACAUUCAUAAAUAUUGCUAUGAUGUAUCAGGACAUAGGAAGGAUGAAUAUAGCACUCCGUUAUCUCCAAGAAGCCUUGAAAAAGAAUGAGCGUCUUCUGGGACAUGAUCACAUUCAAACAGCUGUUUGUUAUCAUGCUCUUGCAAUUGCCUUCAAUUGCAUGGGUGCAUAUAAGCUUUCCCUUCAGCAUGAGCGGAGCACUUAUAACAUAUUGGCAAAGCAACUUGGUGAAGAUGAUUCUAGGACCCGGGACUCAGCAAAUUGGAUCAAGACUUUUCAGAUCCGAGAUCUUCAGAUCAAUGCACAGAAGCAGAAAGGACAGGCCGUUGACUUAGAUGCUACUCAAAAAGCUGUGGAUGCUCUAAAGGCUCGUCCUGAAUUACUUCAGGCUUUUCAGGCAGCAACUGGCGGACCCACUGCGGCUCGCUCGCGUACAUCCUUGAACAAAGCUGCAACUGCUGUGCUAAUGUCUGACACUCUUCCUAGAGGUAGGGGUAUGGAUGAACGUGGAGCACGAGCAGCAGCUGAGGUCCGUAAGAAAGCUGUUGCAAGGGGUCUUAAUGUCCGGUCACAAGGUGUAACUACACAGUCUUUGCCUCAGUUGACAGACCUGUUGAAUAUAAUCAACUCCAGUGUUGCGAGCAAAUCUCCACCAAGUGAUUCUCCAUCAACAUCCACUCAAGAAGUAGGCAAUGAGAGCACCACCAACUCUGAGAAUGGAAUUAAGACUGCAGAAGUUUGUGUAGAAGAAACCAGGGAAAAUGUAUCAGAGGAGAAUUUAGAAGACAAAACUCCACUAGGGUUGGGUACUGGUUUAACUUCCUUAGAUAACAAGAAGCAAAAAUCAAAACCAAAAACUUCAUCUGACUGAUAAUUUUGUUGGUGAAUUGGAAGGCAAAUGCUGUCGGCGUUUAUUUCAGAUAGAAGAAGAAUUGUCAGUUGUUACCAUUUUGGAAUCACAACUAUUAAGAAGCAAAAUUUGUUGUUUCUGGUAACUUUCGAAGGUCCACAAUUUUGUAAUGCAAGGUUAUGGACCCAAAAACCUAAUGGUGGUAAGGUCUUAAAUCUCCUGAAAGGAGCUGUGAACUGUUAAAAUAUGUCUGCUUUGUUUGCUCCAUUUUGCUGCAGAACAGGCUUAACAUGAAUGUAUCUUGUUGAUGUGGCUGGCAGGCUAUCUGUCAGUUUGUAAUGCAGAAGUUGGGGGAAAGACAUUACAUGAAGGAUGUUUGAAGAUAGGUAGAAUCUAGUAGUUGUGUAAGCCUGAGAACUUCUCUGUUCGACGGGAGGCUUAUUUUUGUAGUAUUUCCCCAGUUCAGUCCAAGUGUUCAAGUAUAUGUUGGAUCAAGGUUUCAAUCAAUAAAUCCAAUGUAUCUUAUUUUUACCAGUCUCAUCCUGAUUUUUUGCUGACGAUUCAUCUUUUUUAAAGCAAAUUUCUGAGAUGAGCCAUCAUUCUUGGCAAUUUCAUCUCAUGUUGGUCACAAUUUGUACCAUGUAAAGAAUAACUGACAUUUAGGGCUAGGCAGUAUGAGCGACUUGUAAUGUCUCUGGAGGCAUUCUUUAUAAUGAGAGGGAAGACCAUGCAUAAUGGCAUUCUGAGGCAUUAUUAUUUGUUGAGCAUUUUCAGCAUGAGAAAAUUUAGUCCAUUAUUUGAAAGCUAUUUGUUGAGCCUCUAGAA